GAUCUCCUUCUCUAAUUGCAUUGCAUGUCAAAUGUCUCUCUCUAAUCUCUAUAUAUAUAAUAAUAUAUUCAUUCAUCUACCCCAACUUCCUUACCUUCCGACCAUAACCUUAAGUACUAAACUUCUCUCUCCUUAAUAUGGCAGCAUCACUUAAGAUAUUCUCCGCAGUUCUUUUCCUCUUCCUUAUUUGCCAAAAAGGUAACAGUUACAGAUGUGGUGUAUCAAACAUAAAAGUGACAACAAGAAGAACAAGAAACACAGUAGAAGGACAGCCACAAUAUGCAGUUACCAUCAGCAACAACUGCCCUUGUGCUCAAUCUGGUGUUUACUUGAGAUGUCUUGGUUUCAGUACUGUGCAGCCUGUUAAUCCAAGGGUUAUGAAGGUGAAGGGUAAUAGCUGCCUCAUCAAUAAUGGCCGUCCAAUCGUCAAAGGAAAAUCACUCACUUUCAACUACUCUUUCUUACAACCAACUGAUUUGGUUCCUCAGAGAUCUCUAAUUUCCUGCUGAUUGAUCGGUCAUGGAUCAUACAAUUAUUCGUCUUUUUUUUGUUUUGUUAAUUUUUGUAUUAUGACGAUUGAAAACCUUGAACACUAAACAGAGAUUAUUUUAGAUACUAUUAAGUUAUGAUGGAAAUGCAGCAUAGGAAUGGAAAAUUGUAAUUUAUUAUGAGAAUAUUAAUUAUAAUUGGAUUUGUCAUAUUUUUAAGGUUUCUAUGAUUAUAUAUAUAUAUAUAUAUGGAGUAAUCUAUA